GCACGCUCAGAGCAGACAGCUUGCAGGAGGCCGGAGACGAUGGUCUAAAAUCCUGAGAGCUGACGGUCAGAGCGGGGGCGGGGGGGAGGUUGGAGGGGAAGGUAGUCACGGAGGGGUGACAGCUACAGGAGGUGGAGGAUCCUGGAGGUAACAGCAAGGAGAGUACGCAACGGCAAGGGGCGGCUUCUGCGCCGACGCCGGGCGGUCAAGCCAGAGGAAAGCAGGGGAACGCUGCGGCGUUGCGGGCUUGCCCCGCCCGGGCGGGGGGUGCCAUGUCUCGAGAGCGGCCCCCCCGCACCGACAUCCCCCGCAAUCUGAGCUUCAUAGCCGCAUUAACAGAGCGUGCCUACUACCGCAGCCAGCGGCCCAGCCUCGAGGAGGAGCCGGAGGUGGAGCCAGGCGAGGGCGGGACGCGCCUUGGGGCCCGAUCCCGCGCUCACGCUCCGAGUCGGGGUCGCCGGGCCCUUUCUGCACCUGCCGGAGGCGGCGGGGUCCGGGCGCCCCGCAGCCGCAGCCCGGACACCCGUAAGAGAGUGCGUUUCGCCGACGCGCUUGGGCUGGAGCUGGCCGCGGUGCGCCGCUUCCGCCCCGGAGAGCUGCCCCGGGUGCCCCGCCACGUGCAAAUCCAGCUGCAGAGGGACGCCCUCCGCCACUUCGGGCCGUGCCAGCCUCGCGCCCGCGGCCUCCAGGAGGCGCGCGCCGCCCUGGAGCCGGCCAGCGAGCCCGGCUUUGCCGCCCGCUUGCAGGCGCAGCGCAUCUGCCUGGAACGCGCCGAGGCGGGCCCGCUGGGCGUGGCCGGGAGCGCGCGCGUGCUGGACCUGGCGUACGAGAAGCGCGUGAGCGUGCGCUGGAGCGCCGACGGCUGGCGGAGCCAACGCGAGGCACCCGCCUCUUACGCCGGCCCGGCACCGCCCCCGCCGCGCGCAGACCGCUUCGCAUUCCGCCUUCCCGCGCCACCCAUUGGGGGCGCCCUGCUUUUCGCCCUGCGCUACCGCGUGACUGGCCACGAGUUCUGGGACAACAACGGCGGCCGUGACUAUGCUCUGCGAGGGCCCGAGCAUCCCGGGAGUGGCGGAAACCCGGAGCCCCAGGGAUGGAUCCACUUUAUCUGAGACGCCUGGGUCGACGGCGGGAAAACCAAAGGCUCCUUCUUGACAGUCUUCUAGAAGGGAGAAGAGGAAAAGAAGCAGUUCCUGAUGCAGAUGAACAGCCGCUCCCAGGUCAAAGUUCCAGCAAAGUGAAGAAAGAACCUCCUGGAAGCCACCAAGCAAUGCGCUUUUUAGUCAUCAAUGAAGAGCCCAAAGAAGGAUGAUGGAGACGGAGCCUAGGUCGGGGCUCAGUGUAUACUAAUCUCUUGCCUAAUGUGUUUGCACUAUUGUCAUGUCAUAUUAACAAUCGUAAUAGCUCACAUGUACUUAUCUACUCAAAUCUGGUGUCUUGCAUGCAUUACAAUCUUCAGAACAACCCUAUCAGUUGAGAAAUAUUAUCCCUGUUUUAGAGAUGUGGAAACCGCUCAGAAAAGCUCAGUAAUUUGUUCAAGAUCACAUCGCUGGUAAAUGGCACAGCUAGGGUUGUGAACUCAGGAUCUCCAGAGCUUCUGUGUAUAACCAUGUUAUUACAUUUUUUCCUUCAAAAACAAAACUGAAAACUUUGCCAUAUGUAAUCUCUUAUUAGGAAAAGCCCACAGUUUCUAACUCGUCUGCCUUCCCAUCCUCCCAGUUUACCAAAAUGGCUUAGAGAAGGCAAAGUAGAGGGUCCAAGCUCCCAUGCAGGAGCUUGCUGCUUUCUUCUGUACCAGUGUCCCAGCUCUGCAGAAUCAGCAAGGGGACCACACUGCCUGCCUGCUAGAGAACUCGGGAACCCAUGUGAACUUCAGCUUUUCCUUACUUUGGGAUUCUUUCCUGCCCCUAACCAACAUUCUGCACCUGUUGGUGUGACACCCUUUCCAUUCCCCUGACCAAUCCCUAAAGUUUCCAUUAAAGGGUAUCCCUGAGCAGGACAACUGCUGAAUGGUCUGUGCUUGGGCUCUCUCUGCGAGCCUGGAUAUUGCUGAGUGGAUAAAUGUAAACUGGUUGGAGACAGGGAACCCCCUGAGUUUUUUCUUUAAGAAGAGCUAUGACUUCCAACCUCCUACCUGCCCCGUCAUUCUCAGCUUUAUAGAACCAACACCUAAACCUUCUAGUUCUUUCCAUAUAGAGCUGCCCCAGGGCUUGGGGUAAGCUGAUAGUCUAAUCUGAUAUGGGAAGCACUAGAAGUUUGGUGGAAUCUUUAGAGAUGUAUUAGAUGUUACGGGGAUGGGUCCUUUCCCCUGAAGGCUGACUAUAUGAGCAGGAGCAGUUUGGUGUAUACAGGUCAGCUGUGGACCAGGCAGUGCUAGAAGAGAAAACACUACCCUGGUCCGGGGCUUGGGUCCUUGAAGCAACACAACUAGAACACUUUUUCCUAUUUCUCUCAUCCAGACCUCAGAUGUCUUCCUAUACUUGCUUGUCUGACAGCCUUCCUCUCGUACCUUUGUUUCUCUUCAUGACUGUAGCUCAUUUCUCUUCACAAUAAGCCCUGGCUCCUGAACUUUCCAAUUGAACUCCCACAUCCCCUUGCUUCUAACACCUGCAUUUCUCUGGAGCUCCUCCAGAUCUCUGGGUCCUUACAAUCAGCAAGUUCAUACAGUCAGAGACCUGGAAAAGCUUGUCUUUAGAGAUCACUGGGUCCAUGCUCCAGUACAAAUGAGGACACAGGUCCAGAGAUGAGAAGAUUUCAUCAGGGUCAGAGAAUUUGUUAGUGCAGCUCAAGAUGGGGCUUAACCCCAGCCCUCCUGACCAUAUCCCACUCCCAGGCUACAAAGCGGCCUCUAUAGUCAGACCUGUAAUUUUUCACGGCAAGGGAUAAUAUUACAAAUGUUUCAUUUUCUGCUGCUAGUUUCCAUUCCCUUCCCUAUCCAGGCAUAAAAAGAAACAAAAGGCACUUGUAGUUUUCUCUGUUUUCCCACCUUGGGCACUUCUCCGGGUGAUAUUGCUAAGGAACAGUGAAGUUACUAAAAAGACUGAAUAAUCCACCCAUUGACUAGCUAACCUGGAGAGGAAUUGAAAGCUUGCUAUGUGGAUCUCCCCAAACCACUGUUCUCAUCAGGCCCUCUCAGAGUGUCCUCACCCUCUUCACAGUGCAGCCCUGUUCACUGGGUCCCAAACCCACGAGUAUUGUGCCUCACUUCAGCUUCCUCAUGCAACUGCCCUCCCUUCUGGAUAAAAGACCUCAUACUUGAAAUAAAGUCGAAACAUGAAAGUA